AUGCCAGCCAGAACAAGAAAGACCAGGAAGCUCAGAGGACACGUCAGCCAUGGACAUGGCCGCAUUGGGAAACACAGAAAGCACCCUGGAGGCCGUGGAAAUGCUGGUGGAAUGCAUCACCACAGAAUCAACUUCGACAAAUAUCAUCCAGGUUAUUUCGGGAAAGUUGGUAUGAGACAUUUCCACCUGAAGAAGAACAUGCACUUCUGUCCAACAAUCAACCUGGAUAAACUGUGGACCCUUGUUAGUGAGCAGACCAGGCUGAACUACGCGAAGAACCCUGAAGGCCCAGCACCCAUUAUUGAUGUGGUUCAUUCGGGUUAUUACAAAGUCCUGGGGAAGGGAAAACUACCCAAACAGCCUGUGAUUGUCAAAGCAAAGUUCUUCAGCAGGAGAGCAGAGGAGAAGAUCAAAGGUGUUGGGGGAGCUUGUGUACUCAUGGCUUAA